CCAUCAAUUAAUGAAACAAUGUCAAAAACGGCUAAUUUUCUCAGCCUCAGAUCCAAUCCUCUGCCUCCGAUUUUCUCCUCCACCGGAACUUCUCCUUUCCUCCGAGCUUCCUCUGCUCUGAAUCUUCCCACGGCUGCUUCGAAACCUUUCCACCGUUGGAUUCGCGCUUCUUCACGUCGCCGGUUGGUUCUUGGUGGUUUUGGCGGCGCUUCUUUGUGGAUGAACAACAACAUGUCUGGUAAUUUUGGCGGUAAAUCUUUCAUUGCUUCCGCUAGGCAGACUAAUCCUUCUCCCGUCGAACAGGCGUUGAAUAAGGUGGAUUGGCCCGAGACUUUCCCUUUCAAAGAAGAAGAUUUCCAGAGAUUCGAUGAGUCGUCUGAUUCAACAUUCUAUGAAGCUCCAAGGUUUGUGACACACAUUGAUGAUCCAGCCAUAGCUGCAUUGACAAAAUAUUACUCCAAGGUUUUGCCUCAGAGCGAUACUCCGGGAGUGAGCAUACUCGAUAUGUGUAGUAGUUGGGUCAGUCAUUAUCCACUGGGGUAUAGGCAGGAACGAAUAGUUGGAAUGGGUAUGAACGAAGAAGAGCUUAAGCGAAAUCCGGUUCUCACCGAGUACAUAGUCCAAGACUUGAAUGUCAAUCCAAAGCUGCCUUUUGAAGACAAUUCUUUCCAAUUUAUUACCAAUGUGGUAAGUGUGGAUUAUCUUACAAAGCCGCUUGAAGUGUUCAAGGAAAUGAACAGAAUCCUUAAGCCCGGAGGACUCGCUCUAAUGAGCUUCUCGAACCGUUGCUUCUUUACUAAAGCAAUCUCGAUAUGGACAUCAACUGGCGAUGCAGAUCAUGCUCUCAUUGUCGGAUCAUACUUUCACUACGCCGGAGGAUUUGAAGCCCCACAGGCCGUUGAUAUAUCUCCAAAUCCAGGGCGUUCAGAUCCCAUGUACGUUGUUUACUCUAGAAAACUCCCCAUGGCUUAAAGCUGUGGUCCAAACACUUCUUGUAUACACAUAAUCUUUAGACCAAACUGUGAUAGAGACCGAGGAAAUUAAUUCUUCAAUUAUAA